AUGGCUAGCGAAGACCGGUCAUCGAGACGGAGCUUAACCGUCACGACUUCGUCAUUGCACGGGAAGAAUAAAUCCAUGGAGAUCAGCGAACGUGGACUCGACACCGGCCGAAGAUUUCUCAAUAUUUCACGCUCCACUUUGGGUUUAACGGGAGGGGAGAGAACUGUUAAGCGUUUGAGGCUGUCUAAAGCUCUCACGGUACCUGCAACAACUACUAUAUACGAAGCUUGUAAAAGGAUGUCUUCUCGCAAAGUUGAUGCCUUGUUGUUGACUGACUCUAACGAAAUGCUCUGUGGGAUUCUUACCGACAAGGACAUAGCUACAAGAGUUAUCUCACAGGAGAUUAAUGUAGAGGAAACACCUGUUUCCAAGGUUAUGACUAGGAACCCAAUGUUUGUUCUUUCUGAAACACUUGCUGUCGAAGCCCUUCAAAAGAUGGUUCUAGGUAAAUUCAGACAUCUGCCUGUUGUUGAAAACGGCGAGGUUAUUGCGUUGUUAGAUAUAGCAAAGUGUCUGUACGAUGCAAUUGCUCGUAUGGAGAGAGCAGCUGAGAAAGGUAAGGCCAUAGCUGCUGCCGUUGAAGGUGUUGAAAGAAGUUGGGGAACUAACACCUCAGUUCCUAAUAACUUCAUUGAAACGCUAAGAGACCGGAUGUUUAGACCUUCUUUAUCAACACUUAUACCAGAUGAUUCAAAGGUGUUGAAAGUCUCACCAGCCGAUACAGUGUUGACUGUAGCAAAGAAGAUGGUUGAGAAUCAAUCAAGCUGUGCAGUCGUGAUGGUCGAGGACAAGCUUCGAGGGAUUUUUACUUCCAAGGAUAUACUGAUGCGGGUUGUGGCUGAGAAUCUUCCUCCAUCUGAGACUACUGUGGAACAGGUUAUGACUGAGAAUCCAGAGUCUACGACAGUAGACACACCAAUCGUUGAAGCUCUACACAUCAUGCACGAGGGAAAAUUUCUACACCUUCCUGUAACGGACAAAGAAGGAGAUGUAGUUGCAGUUGUUGAUGUAAUCCAUGUAACUCACGCUGCUGUCGCCACAGCUGGAACCACUGCGGGAAAGGUAGAAGGAGACAAACAUGAGAUGCAAAAGUUUUGGGAUUCAGCAAUGGAGCUAUCUCCCAAUGAGGAAGACGAGGACACGAGAAGUGAGAGCUCCUUGAAAGUAGCUUCUGAGCUGAGACAGGGAGGUCAUCCUUUAGCAAAUACAUUUUCUUUCAAGAUCGAAGACAAGAACCACAGAAUGCACAGAUUCAUUAGCGACACUCGUAGUUUGACAGAAGUGAUAACAGCGAUCCUUCAGAGAGUAGGGAGUGAUAUCGAUUCAGACAAUUAUAAUCUACAGUAUGAAGAUGAAGACCACGAUAAAGUAUUUGCUUCAGAUAGUGACCUUCAAGCAGCCAUAGAUCAUGCCAAAUCAAUUGGUUGGAAGAGUCUGAAAUUAUAUUUGGAUGAUUCAAAAGGAGGUAAAGGAAGAGGAAGAAGGAGAAGAGCAACAGUAUCAGGAGAAGCAAUGGAGUAUGUACAGACGGACGCUUGGGCUGCCGCGUACAGUGGAGUUGCGGCUGGUGCAGCAUUAGUAGCUGUCCUGGUUUUAUGGCUUAUCUCAAAGAGAGCCGGACAGUAG